AUGCUUCGAGAACUGGCUCUCAGCCAGAAGGUGCUGCUGCCAGGGCAGCAGCCCCCGGGGGUCGAAGAUGAAAAUGUCGAGACCGCUGCGACUUCGAAACUAAAGUACGGCUUUCUCGGGCUACAUGUAUGCAAGCAAGGCCUUUCCACCCUCCUUGGUGUAGGCUGGAAUCCCCGCCUCAGUACCAUCCUGAAAAGUGUUUUGGAGGGUCGACGCUCGGCCCCUGUCGACAGACGGUUUAUGGAACGCCCUAUGAACGAUGCUAGGCCAGUGUAUUCGGAGGUAGUUUCCCAUCUUCAAACACUGUACGAAUCGGUGGCGGAGACGCUACCUUUUGAACAGACUGGAGAAGACGACGAUGAACCCGACGAGUACAAUGUCCACCCCGCAUCGGGGCCAGAAUUGAGGUAUUUGCCACCUGGUUCAGUUUACGAUUUGUGGCGGCAGUACCAGGCUACUUCUCAGUCCUCCUGUUCGUGGCAAUGUUUCCACAGUGCCUGGACCAACGAAUUCAGAAACAAACUCACCUUCCGUAACAAGUACACCUUCGGCAUUUGUCCUACGUGCGUCAAACAUAAAUUGAUGCUCCGUCAACUUGGUCAUGAUGCGGUGGGUCGUCUUCGACAACGGAACUUGUACGAUAGACAUUUGGCCAGCCAGUUUGCCGACAGACGCUGUUACUGGAACAUGAGGGCAAGCAGCAGGGUACACUUCAAGACGGUAACACUGGUCAUCGAUGCUAUAGAUCAAGCGAAGUUUGGUAUGCCUCGCUCACCAGUGUUUUCUGAACACCUGUUUCAACAGUAUGCUCGGCCAAGAUUGCACGUCUAUGGUAUCCUCGUUCAUGGAUAUGCUGCAUACCUAGCCGUCAUGGACGCAGACGUCUCGAAAGGAGGAUCGACGACGACGGAUUUGCUCUACUUUGUGUUGAGCCGUCUGAAAAAACGUGGUCUGCCAUUGGAAGACUUUGAGGUGAACCUCCAACUGGACAACACAGCAUCGUCCAACAAGAACAAUACGAUGCUCUCAGCUGCCGCAGCUCUCGUGUUUUUCGGUUUGGCCAAGGUGGUACGCCUCACGUUUCUACGUGUGGGACACACACACGAGGAUAUAGACCAAUGGCUGGGGGAACUGGCAGGCUUCAUCCGCAGAAAGGUGCCCAUCUGCGAGACGCCCGACUGCCUCAUCCGUGUGCUGAACAGCGAGUUCAUGCCGAGAACACGGUGCAAACAGUGGAUGGCGGACUCGGCCUACAGCUGCCGCUUGGUCCACGUGACAAAGGAAGACAUGCGGAAGCUGCCGGGCUCCAUCCCUCCAGGAUUCCUGCCCCGACGGCCUGCACCGCCAAAGUACCGGAAGAUGAUAGAAAGUUUGGCCGCGGCGAUAAGGGCCCCUCCGUUCGGGUCCGGGUUGAGUCGCGCCGCCACCUAUCUUGAAAAAUGGGUUUCUGGCGCCGCGACCCUGAACGAGCCCCUGGAAUGCUUGCAUCUGCAACCCUGUGCUGCUGCUGUUGCCUCGGGGAACAGACCUGCUAGUGUCGCUGUGCCCAUGUCCAUGGAGCCUGAACAGUCGGUGGUUCGUGUCAGCAACAGCAGCCCUUCGGUGGAGUCAGGGCACACAAGCAGUGGCAAGAUGACGCUCAUCAAUGAGAUGGCUUCGACUAUGCACAGCAAUGGUAUGACCUGGCUAGAUGCUUUCAACGAAGCCUACCGCAUGUGGUCUCAGCUGCCAAUGCCGGUGCAAGCACAACUGAGCUCUGCCACCGAGCCGGAGCAGCAGGAUGAUGCCAACGUGCCUCUCGAAGCAGAGUUGACACUGGGUGCUCAAACCAACAUGUCUCACGCAAGCAGUCCUCCUUGUGUGCCCGAUGUAGAAGCCGUUGAAUCCUCCAGUCGUUUCCUGCCAGCUGUCCGAAAAAUGUUCGUGUCCAUCAUGGGGCUGCAGCAGUUCUCCUAUUGGACGGACCAUCAAGGCGAGAUGCUGAGGGAGGUAUUCCAGCAGCUCUGGAUUCACGGCGACUUGACGGAGUUACAAUUGCAAAACAUCAGGACCUUCGUUGACCUACUCACUUCCUUGAGAACUAUGCCUCCAGAUUCGCAGGACGGUCGCAUGAUCACAACAGCUCUUCCCCGACGUCAGAUCGACCCACGACUUCAGGAGGACUGGUACUUGAAAACCCCUGAGAACAGAGAGGACAUGCUCUUGCACUUGGAUGUCAUCGCCGUGGUUCUCGACAAUUGCAAGGAGCCUUGUCCACGGCCGUUGGAUCUGAGGCUUGUGUGUCUCGGGACAAACAUGGGAAAACGUGCCGGUGACAACAGUGGCCAGAACAAGCAGAAGGCCACUCGCAAGGCCUCGUCGAACGACCUGGACUUGGAAGCUCAGGCUGCCAAAGCUCUCGGGGCUGCUGAAGCGAUUCCUUGGUGGACAGAUGCCAUGGCCAUGCUAGACAAGAUACUGUCCGACGACGGUGCAGCCAAUUUCCUUUUGAAGAAAUUCCCCUCUGUGGAUGCUCGCCUGGAGUUUGCUGCAAAGUUGAAGGAUCUGUUUCCGGUUCCUGAUGGAGAAGUGUUGGCAGCUCCGCACUUUACGCCGGGGGUGCACAACAUUGCCAUUUGGCAGUGUUGCUACCAUGCCCAAGCCGGCAAUAAAGGAUUGGUGGCCAACGAAUUCAUGAACAGCUUGGUGACCCUCAUCUUGCUUGAAGGAUUUCGAUCGAACGCGGCUGUGCUGCCAGGAGUCGAGUACUUAGUCAUCCAGUCGUUGGUUCCGGUCUACUUCGAGGAAGUAUGGCUCACCCCUGAACUGGAGCCGGGAACGUUCCCGAUCCAUAGCAUAGGGUUCAUCAAAGGCUGGACCCGAUGUCUGGCGAUGGUGACAGCAGCCUACAUCAUCUCCGAACUCGGGGUCAUGGAUUGGUACAAAACCCACAUGCCGAGUCAGUGGCAGUCGUUCUGCUGCAUCAAAGCCAUGGUGCCCACCGAAGCCACCUCGGAAGUCGAUCGGAUCGCUUCAAACAGGGGUCACUUGGCUGUAGUGUAUAUUACACUGGCUUCCGUGCUCACACGGGCGGCACCCAACUGCUUCAACACGCUUCACCAAUUGUAUCGCAGAGUCAAACAUGGCGAGUCUGUCGAAUCCAUCGUCAAGCAGUACGAAAACCCAAGGAGUGUCCGGUCGGUUCUUGGAAUGGGGCCUGCGGAAUCCCAGGCGGUUGUCAACUUGGUUCACUAUAUCCCCGCCCCAGCGAAGGACCUUCUCGCAAAGGCAGCCGUGCAGUACGGGAUGAGAAAAGGAGUUGUGUCGCACGCCGGGCUGGGGUGUGCUCACCUGCGACCUGGAAAUGGUCCGGAUGUGCCGAUUGCCAGCUGGAAGGAGAGGUUGGCUUACAGCCAGUCGUCGGUGCUACUAUGUUGCCAACGAUUGGUGAUGGAGUUUGCCGACGCAGCUCCGAAUAUGCGAAAGACCAACGGAGCCCCAGAAGUGGCACGGAUGUCCAAAAUCUGCCGAGCCUGGGAGGUGGUGGAAGCCGAAAUCCGUGGCCAGCUUACCUCGGAGCAGUUCGCGAAGGCAAAGAAGGGCUUGCAUGACUGCUUCAUGGCCGGUAACUUUGACGACUGGUUGAUGCAGAUCACAGAGGAGUGCCCUGCCAUUAUCAACUUGAAGGAGGUCGCUCAGUUCAAGUCGUUGCUAGAGCAGCAUGCCAGCGAACUCGAGAAGGCUGCCAUCGACAAGUCCCGGGCCCUCCAGAUUCAGGUCGAGGCAGCGACGUUUGCGAAAAUGGAGGCAGACCUGGCUGCAGACGAAGCCAAGCUGAGGCAGUACGCCAAAGACGAGCACAGCCGAACGGCAACUGCAGCAUCCAUGGCUUUGAAUGCUGAGCGGAGACGCUAUGUCAAAGGCAUGGAUCAGGUGUCAAGUUUCAGCGAUGUCUGGCUCAGGGUGCGAACUUGUCCGGUGUCCGCAUGGGAUAUGCAAAUCGCUGAGUACCGCAGGCAGCUGGCAGAGCAUGUGACGACAUCCCCCGACAAGAGGUUCUUGCUCCUGGUGUUGGACAUGACCGUCGCACCCCCGAACAUGGAGAUCGAUGAGAUGACGAAGGCCGCCGCCAGCAUUCUUCAUGCCAGUGGCCAGCAUGCCCUGUUUUUGCUCUUACCUCAGCAGUACAAGAAUCAAACCAUGUCGGCCUUGCUGCUCGCCGAGCGCCGCAUCGUGGACAAGCUCCUGGCUGCAGCGGUGAACUUGGAGAAUUCCGUCAGUAUCCACUACAAGGUCGACAGCAUGCACGCUGCCGACAAAAGGCGGCUCUCCACGCAAGCACGGUUCGCCGUCUCAGCUAAGGUUGAUGCUACUGCUUGGUUGGAGUCUGACAUCACUCGUGGCAAGAUCGAAUCAGUGCCACUCGUGCGAGUGAAGGAGAUGAAAGCCGUGGCAAUGCCAGGGUCGGUGAGCUCCGAUGUUUCAUGGGAGCUGUCCCCUGCAGAGCGGUUGGUUCACCGAGGGUCCGCCGCAGCGGCCGGCAUGGUGGAUGCCAUCGUGACCAACUCCCCGGCGAAUCGACCCAACACGCUGCUGUCUGUCAUUGAGCUGAGAAUGACACCGAACAACGCAGACUGGGCACAGGGCUGCUGGCAGCUCACCAAAGACUGGGGUGCGAGAACUGACCGACCCAAGAUAUCCUACCUUGGGCUCUGCAAGGAAGCUUCACCUGUGCGAAGUCAUAUGGCCUCGGUCUUGAUGGAAGAAUGGUGGCCAAAUCAACCGGGGGGAGGCCCAGCUCAGGUUGAAUCGGUCGCUACAAGCUUGCCAGACUUGACACUGGCCACCAUCGGUGCUGAUGGCAUGCCUGUGUUGCCCGCGGUGGUGCUCGAAAAGUUCGAUCGGCAUGAAACGUAUGGUGGCCCGUGGGCGAAGCUUGUUUCGAAUUUCCGUGCUUGCAUGGCCACCGACGUUGUGCCGAAGCUGAGUGUGAGUGCCAGGGCUUCUCGGGAAACCGUCGAGGGUGCUGCAACUGGUGGUGCAGCCGUUGCCAACGGGCCGGACUACAGCAUCGCUCCUUUUCCGACCCAGCCUCCACGGGUGAUCUUUCCGACUACCCCCGCAGCAGAUUUCAGAAUGGACGACGUGCUCUUCAACGUGAAAGCCACUCGAGGGUUGCCAGCAUUGCACAUCGACAAAGACUUCAACGUCUACAUGUCUGUGGAAGCCACCCUGUCCUUGGAGCCGCAGGAGCUGUUCGGCUUCAACCUGGGCACUGCUGCACCCGAUCCCAACACCAGCAUCAAGUGGGAGCUCUCUGACGAUGUGGCCUCCGUUUUCAUGGACGACGGCCAGGGCAAUCGAAAGCUUUGUACUGUUGCAGACGCCCGUCACCACGCCUUCUCCGCAAUGCACAUCCCCGAUAUCGGCCUUCAGAACUACGACGUUACCCCCUUGAAGGCAAUGUCGCUAGAUCACCAGAGGGACAACGGCACGGAAAUCUUCAUGAGGUGUGCUGUGGUGUCGGCUGGGGACUACAUCUUCUUUUGCCCCACGAGAUUGACCGAUGAGCAGGUGGCCGAUGGGACGUUGAAGCGAGCAGCCGCAGGUGCUGUGUACAUGGACAACAUGCAGAAGCUUGGGGAGCUGGAGCAUGCCAAGAUCGUGUGGCAGUGUUGCUACCAGUCGCAAGCACCGGCGCUGAUCAAGCCAGUGAAGCCCAAACUUUUCAUUGUGUGCAACACACACUUGGAGCCGGGGUACUUCUACAAGUUGACCUGA